UUUUGUUUGUCCCUGUGUGUGUUUUAUAUUGUGUAUCAUGUCUGAUCCUGAGUUGGACUGUCUCCUGAAGGAGAUGAGUGACGUUGUCGAUGAGGCUGAACAUCAGGCUCACCUCCAAAACCUCCAACAGCUCAUUAGCAUUCACCAGUCAGCAGAACCAUCCACCAGUCAGCCUUCCACCAGUCAUCCAUCAAACAGCAAGCAAGACGUUAGGUGGAAUAAGAGGGACAGUGAUGGAAACAUUAUUUACGGCAGGCCCAGAUCAUCCCGCAAACAAGCAGGUCCCAGUCACAGCCAGAGUCGGAAGACUGGUGUCUCUAAUGUCAGGGCUCCGGACACCAGUGGGGAAGUGACCAGUGACUUUCCUUCCAUUACUGCGGAGUCCUUCCUUCAAGAGCUUAAACGCUCACUGGGUGAGGACAUCCAUGAGGAUGAAACGCCACCUCAAGCCUCAACAGACUGGUCGACCCGAAAGAGCCUCAUAUCAGGGUGGUGGGAGAAAGAGAGACCCCGUCUGGUCAACACCAUGGUGGCUGGACAACAUGCGGCAACUCUGAUCUGCCAACAUUGUGGAAACGGUCCAGCCGUUAUCCGUGUUGUGACUGCCGACCACACCCAUUCCUCUGUGGCCAGUGUGAUGUCAGGGUCACCCGAGGUCAAGUGUUCCACAACAGGGAUUCAAUGACACAUGGAUUUUUUCAUCCAUUGCCUCCCACAACUUGUGUUGUGGAGAGGGUUUUAACCCAGUGUGGGCGAUAUGAUCUCAGAUUGCCUCAGACCAGAUGCAAGGCAUGUGAAGCCACUUGGAGUCCUGGAGUGGAUGACCUGAUCCGUAAUGACUACUGGCCUGCCACUUCUCACCAUUCAACAGUGUACGCAACAGAUGUCCUUUUUUCUUUUGAAGAGCUGAAGAUGGCAGCACUAGGGCUGUCUAGCCAAGCAUUUCUUAGAAUGCUGGAUCAACGUACUGUUCGCUUUGGCCGUAGCGGAGACAUCACAGCAGACAGCUUCCGAAAAAGCUUCUUUGAGUGGGAGGCUGUCCGAUUUGAAGUGGACAAAUUAUGCCUGGUGGACCACUUUGACUGCCCAGCCUGCAGCCCAGACAUGCUUGCAGUAUCUGUUGAUGAAAACCGCAAGCACUACAGAUUCAAGAGUGCAGCAAGAUCGGAGGAACAAGCCAUCUUUGAUGGCGUGUUCAUUGCGAAUGAUGAUGACGUCGGAAGAUUCGUGGACUACGUCCAUACCUCAACCAGUCAUGUCUCUGGAAGAGGUGUCUGUGGAGGGCAGUGGUCAGCGGUGCGUGAAACAUCUCAGAAGUUGUCAGGAAAAACCGAUGAGGAGGGCCUGGAACUUGCUGUGUGCCGUCAUGGGGUUCUCCUUCAUGCCCUCAAUAUGUUCAGGGGGGAGAUUUUUGCCUACCCCCUGUACCUCCAAAAGCAAAUGGCCUGUAAGCCAGUGACAUUUUUUGCUAUGGAUGUGGCAUGCAAGUACUGGCCUUACCUCCGGAGAGUGACAGAGAAAUGCCCUGAGCUUCAGCAGCUCCUCACCAUGAAGCCAUUUCUUUCUGUUUUUCAUGCCAAAGCUCACGAUUUCAAAUGUGAGGUAAAAUGGAGUGGAGCGUAUAAGGAAGGGGCUGGUUCGACUCUUGGGGAAGAGGUGGAGCAGUGCAAUGCCUCCCUCUCGAGGAUUGCUGUUACCACAAAGCACAUGUCAAAAGCAGGACGCAUAGACAUGCUGACGGUCAUGGCCAUGCGCUGGAACAAACAAAAGUUUGACAACUUGGCUUCCACCCUUGCCCGCCGAUAUCGGAAGGCCACAGUAGCCCUGCAAUGCCAGUUGCAUAACCUGGAGGCCAUGAAAACGGAAAUGGACAUCACAGACAAUCAACUGGAAAGCUGGAUCAUUGAUAUCAAUGAGUGGGCAGAAGCAACAACAUCCCCAAAUGAUGCUGACGUUGCCGCUGUAGCCAGCCGAAUUGAGGAGCUGGUGGCAAGUGUUAAGAGAAGGUCCCAGCGUCUUUAUAAAGAUCAUGACGGAUGCAAAGGGGCGAUACUUGACGGAUCCGCCCGAGAAAGAUCAGGGAGAAAAAACGAGUGCUUAAGCGCGUAA